AUGAACGGCUCGUCUCGUGUCGAGGUCGACGACAUCAUGGCCCAGAUCCGGGGCCGUCUUGGGUCUCAAUGGGACCGUUAUCGAGUGGUCAUCACGCAUUUCUUGACUGGCCGCUUGACCCGCUCUGAACUCCAAGAAGAACUCCAAGUAUUACUUCCAGACGCGUCUGCAAUCCGUCUCCACAAUAAGUUUUUAUUGGCAAAUCUCACCAAUGCUCUCCAGGACGGGCCCGGCGCCGGCCGCUACCUAUCAGGAUGGGGGAACCGUGGAGGACGUGGUGCAGCAGGCGAAGACGAUCCCUAUGGUGUGCAGGCUGCAGAUGGCCAAUUCACCAAGCUCAAAGACGAUAUUAUGGGACUCAGCGUACGCGAGCGUAAACGUAUCAAGGCUAUUGCCAAAGAUCCACAACCUAAGGUAACGGUUCCACCUACGGUCAUUGCGACACGACAAGCUCUUUUGCCCAAGAUUCCAUUAUUACAAAACGGCCAGGGAUCUACAGGGGGACCGAGCUCUUCUACAUCGACUCCAUCUGCAGCCAAUACCACUGCCGAGGUCAAAGAAGAGUCUUCAGAAGACAAGACCAAAAAACCCAAUGGGACAUCUACACAAUCAAACUCAUCUGCUUCGACACCAGCCACUACUACAAAUACGGCUGCUAAUAGUAGUAGUACUACCAGUAAUACUAAUACUACUACUUCCAAUACUACCCAGCAGUCUUUUACUGCGGAUAUAAUGCAUGCAUAUGAUGCUAGCUUAUCGACAGACACUUAUGAAUUACCUGAUGCUGAAGCUCUCAGUAUACGUAUGUUGGGCGUAUCAUUGGAGCAUGGGCUACUACAAGGCAUCGAUCCAGCUGCAGCGGAGGUGAUGCUUGCUGGGUUGGAACAUUAUUUACGGGAUCUUGUUCAGCAAGCGUUUGAACGGGUAAAGCGGCGGCGGGAGCUUGCGAUACGUAACGAAAGUACCGGGGCCAUUAUGGUAAACGGCACAAGUUCACUGGGAGGUUCUGUGACUGGCGGAAGUAGUGCUGGGGUCUCUGUAGCAGGCGAUCUUGCUGGCGACGCGGGCGGGUCCAGUGGGAAUGGCAUGAUGCAUGAGGACACUAUUACGGUGGAGGAUUUGGCGUGCAUUAUUGAGAGUGCUCCGACGUGCUUUGUUGAGGUCAAUGGUCCGUUGUUUCGGAUGAAUGACUCGCUGCUAAUGAAUGAUGAUGAGUCGGAUCCUGCGGUCACUGGAGCCACGGACAUUGACGCGCUGCUGGACGGCAUUCUGUGCGAUCCUCGAAACACAAUGGUUUUGUAG